AUGUCAGAGACAUCUUCGCCCAUCGCUGCAGCAGCCACCACUGCAAACACAGAUGUCGAGUUCGCACAGCUGCUCGCGCAACAGGUUCAAAUCUCGCAGAAUAUGUUCCAUCGACACCAGGCCGUUGUGAACUUCAUGCGGAUUGAGAUCGAGGCCUUACGUCACGAGUUGGGAGACAAGGCUCUUUGGAUCCCCUCGUCUCUGGACAAGCCUGGCCCAGUGUUAGCCGCAUCCCCGGGAUGGCCUCCUUCACCUCAUACUGCGAGAGAUCUUAGCGACAAGGGCGGAUCAAUUCCAUAUCCAGGUGCGCACUCAGACUUGGAGGAGGCACUGGCUGUGGUGGCCUCCGUCGACGACCUGAAUUCCGAGGACCUGGCUGCCAAUCCACUCCGGCAGCAAUCCUCCGAGGCGCGCGUCAGCUUCUCGCGAUCAGCCAAGCGUCAGAUGCCUGGCCUCACAGACGAUUCCGAAGAGGUCUCGAGGCUGUAUGGUCGCCAGCGGAACAGCACCAGGUCCCUCACCGGAAACAUGAAAGCCAUUGUCCCGGGACAAGUGCCGGGCAUGGAUACACCAACAAACAGGUCCAGCAUCGUCUCGGAUCACGGGCGGAUGCCCAGCCGCCAGGCUGCGCACAAAGCGGCCGUUGCCCGAGCCUCCCGGGCUCGCACAGAUGAGCAGCUGCGGCGGAAUGACAGCCGGACGCACACAAACGAGAUGCCGAUCCCCAGUCACACGGCCACUUCUUUCCCUUCACCGGAGCAUGCGAAACCCGCUGAUGCGGAUUGUCUGGAGCCAUACGAGAACUGGCUGCAGCUUGAAGAGGAAGCAAAGCUGGAGGAGCGGCGGACCUCGAUGCUGAGUUACUCCGCCCACAACAUGAGGGCCAGGAAAUCCGAUGAGAACGAAGAGCACACAAGAGGAAUUUUGGAGGCUAUCGUCAUGGCACCAGAUGGUAAGCGUCGGCUGGUCUGGCUCGUGUGCUCGUUGGCACUCAUCGCCUAUGACAUGAUCCUGGUGCCUUUGUCUGUAUACAACUUGGACAUGUCCGGAUUCGAGCACCCGAUGACAAUCCUAUCUGCGACCUUCUGGACGGUGGACUUCGUCCUGGGAUUCUUCGUGGGCUACUAUGCCUCGGGGAAAUUGGAGAAGCGGCCGUGUCAGACAGCAGCGAACUAUGCCAAGACCUGGAUGGUGCCUGACCUGGUGUUGCUGAUGUUCGAAUGGAUCGACGCCGCGGUGCCCGACAUCCCCUCACUGCCGAGCCUCAUUCGCUCAACUCGCUCCUUCCGGAUUUUGCGCUUUCUCAAGUCAGCGAAGCUGCUCCGCGUUGCCAAAAUGCCAGGAAUCUUCAGCUAUCUGCCUCGGUUCAUCAGCCGGUCGGAAUACAUCACAUUGAGCCUUGGCAUCGUUCGCCACCUUUUGGGAAUCCUCUUCAUCAACCACGUCAUCGCCUCGUUCUGGUAUCUGCUCGGCCAGGAAGAGGGUGGAUGGCUGGAAGUUUACGAGAUCCCUGUCACGGACUGGUGGUAUUCGUAUCUCAUCACUUUGCAUUGGAGCUUGACCCAGUUCACGCCUGCGAGCAUGCACGUCACGCCCCAUACUUUGCCCGAGCGUGCCUUCAAUGUCGCGGUGGUCAUCUUCGCGUUGGUCACCUUCUCGUCCUUCGUGUCAAGCAUAACGAACUUGAUGACCCAUCUGCGAAACCUGGAAAGCGGAGAACGAAUUCUGUUCUCCAAGCUCGAGGAUUUCAUGCAAAGCCGGAAGUUCUCAUCCGACUUGACGAAGCGCGUGCGUCGCUAUCUCGAUCAACGACUGGCCGAGAAGCGAUCGCAGCCCGAGGAGGGAGAUAUCGAGUUGCUGCAGAGGCUGUCAGAGCCCUUGCGGAUGGAAGUGCAUUUCGAGAUGCACAGACCAACUUUGACCAAGCACCCUCUCUUCCACGCAUAUUGGAAAAACAACAAGCCGGCCAUGAUGAAGUUGUGCCACACCGCCUUGAAAGCAAUGCAGCUCUCUGAGCACGACUUCCUCUUCACUCAAGGCGAAAAGGCCAAAAGUAUGUACUUCGUCACGUCGGGUUGUCUCCUCUACACUCGGGUCAUCAAUGGCUUGAAGAAAGAGAAGAAGGUUAAGCCUCACCUUGGCGGCUACGUCACGGCAGAGAACAAGCCUACCUUCAUCAGCGAGAUGGUGCUGUGGUGCCCUUGGAGCCAUUGUGGGUCGAUGCAAGCCACUGCUGACUGCAAGAUUCUUUGUUUGGAUCCUUCAAAGCUCUAUGAUGUGGUGCAACAAGCCAAGAUUUGCCAACAUGAGGUUUGCAGCUAUGCAACGGAGGCCGUGUACGCGCAGUCCAGAAAAGACGAGGACCAGCGGAGCGAUCUCUGGAAGCACAGGCCUCGCAGGAUCGUGGAGAUCAAGACCUCCAAGGAGUUCCGAGAUACCUUGCUGGAUGGAUACGACAGGACUUUCAACCGCCACAACUCUGCAGGCAUGAUGGGAAGAGCGAUACGAAGGGGUGGCUCAUUGCAGCCGCAGAACCCACUGCGCUCCGAGUCUGAAACCGACGUCUCCUCGGAGGGCAGUCUCUACUCGCUCGACGAGGUGAAGCGGAUCGUGGAACAGGAGAAUGAGAUGGGACUGAUGGAAGGGGGGCGAAAAAGCUCCGAGAUGUCCGAAGCUGAGCCCGUGAAGGUGCCACUGAACAAGCCGCCCCAGCUUCACGCCUAG